ACACGUAAACGUGGGGAGGUCAAUCAGAGCGAAUCCUCCCCUUUCUGCAAGUCGCAGUGUUAGACUGGAAUUAACAGGCUACUUUCCAGAUACGAACACUUUGAUGAAGUAGUGUCCUGCUUCGGAAUGUGGAGACGCUAAGCUUGUGCUCCGACAUCCACCUUUAUCACCGGAAAGCUGUUAGCUUCGUUAGCUAACAAGAGCUAGCUCAGUUAGCUGCUACCUACUCUCGUUUUCUUGUACGCAGCUGACCUCGAACAUAAGACAGACGGACAGUGUCGCUGUUUGUCAUUUCGGGGAGGCUUACCCCGUGGCUUGACAUCCCUUCUUUGCUGUGUGGCUUUCCGCGGACGGUUCUCGAAUAUGAUACACAAUGAGUCAAAGAGAUACUUUAGUUCAUCUGUUUGCUGGGGGAUGUGGGGGCACUGUAGGAGCCAUAUUGACGUGUCCACUAGAAGUGGUGAAGACUCGUCUGCAGUCUUCCUCCAUCACCCUCUAUAUGUCUGAGGUCCAACUAAGUACCGUCAGUGGGCCCAGCGUGACCCGUGUGUCUCCACCAGGCCCCCUGCACUGUCUAAAACUGAUUUUGGAAAAAGAGGGACCUCGAUCUCUCUUCAGAGGCUUGGGGCCAAACUUAGUGGGCGUGGCACCUUCCAGAGCAAUCUACUUUGCUGCUUACUCCACCGCCAAAGAGAAGCUGAAUGCUGUGUUGGAACCGGACUCCAUGCAAGUGCACAUGCUGUCGGCUGCAAUGGCAGGUUUUACAGCCAUCACUGCAACAAAUCCAAUAUGGCUCAUAAAAACGCGCUUACAGUUGGAUGCAAGGAAUCGAGGGGAGCGGAGGAUGAGUGCGUUGGAGUGCAUUCGUCGGGUGUAUAAAGCAGACGGCUUUCGUGGAUUCUACAGGGGAAUGUCUGCAUCCUACGCCGGCAUCUCAGAGACUGUGAUCCACUUUGUUAUCUAUGAAAACAUUAAGCGGCGCCUCUUGGAGGCCAAAACGCCGCAGAACAUGGAUGAAGAAGAAGAGGCAUCAAAAGAUGCUUCGGACUUUGUCGGGAUGAUGCUUGCUGCAGCUACAUCCAAGACUUGUGCCACAACUAUUGCUUAUCCCCAUGAGGUAAUCCGCACCAGGCUACGAGAAGAGGGCACCAAGUAUCGUUCCUUCUUCCAGACUCUAACCACAGUACCCAGAGAGGAGGGCUACCGCGCCCUGUAUCGCGGCCUCACCACCCACCUGGUACGCCAGAUCCCUAACACCGCCAUCAUGAUGAGCACCUAUGAGCUGGUUGUCUACCUCCUGAACGGUUAAAACCUCCCUACCCCACAGAGAGUUGGUGCAACCCUAGCCCUGAUCAGAGAAGGAAAGGAGAAAACAGCAGCACCUGCACACUAGUUAGCACUGCUAACAAUCUGCUUGAUGGCAAUGGUUAGAGAAAGCACCUCGGUCUUUGUCUCAAAAGCAAGGCCUUGGAUUUUGUUUUGCAACCAAAGGAAAAGGCACUAGGAUACUCGCAUUCACUCUGGAAGUCAUUGUUUUGAUUUCUGUUCUGCCCCUUGUUCAGGUUCAGAGUUCUGAAGUAGGAACCCGACAAGUUGUUGGCAGCUCCUGAAUAGAUGUGAAAAAAUAGCCUUAAAAUGCAUGUUUUAUUGCAGCAACAAAAUCUCACUGAAAAUGUGAACAAUUUCAACCCAUCAUUUGAGUGCUUUUAUUGAUCUACAUUCAUAAUUAAUUUGAAUAAAAUCACUGGUGGCCCAAUUAUUGCCAUUGCUGUUGAUAGCAAUUCAUCCAAAUGUCUGUUUUGACAGUAGGUGAGCAUUUGGAGGUUAAAUGUUGGAGCAUACAAACCGAAAGAUGUUGGACCAUUCCUGUUUUAUUGAAAAUUGUCUAAAACCCUGUCCUCCUUUCAACAUUUUCUAUUGGGGUUACUUUUGAGGACAGGGAUGACAUGGGAAAAUAUUUUUGUGUAAAUUUGGUCAUCUGGGGGUGUGAUGUAGUGGGAUAGGGGAUAGCGUGAUCCACAUUUGGAGGCAUUAAGUCCUCGAUGCAGCUGUCGCGGGUUUGAUUCCCGGACCCGACUAUAUUUGCCGCAUGUCUUCCCCCCUCUCCUAAUCCACUUCCUGUCAGACUUCUUUCAUAUAAAGGACACCAGAGCCCCCCCCCCAAAAAAAAAAAAUUGGCCAUAUGUUUUUGACCAUUAUUUUUCUCAAUGUUGUCAGCUUCUGAUACAAUAGACUGGAUAUUUCCAGUUCCUUUGGAGAAGUGAAUCCUCAUCACCUCAUCAGAUUCUCUUGUGUACUUAACAUUAAAGUGGUCUCCUUCCUAUCAAUCUGUUCUUUUAUGAUACACAAAUCUAACUCAGUCCAAACCAGAGAGUUCAAGUUCAGCAAACUCCCCAUGUUUACAUUUGUGAUAGUAUGACAUAAAUGGUUUUUUUCUUACAUUGGCCCAAACAAAUAGAGAUCAGAUCUAAUGGCUGUUAAUUGUGAUUUGUUGACUUCCAAUAUCCAGUCUUCAGAGAUAUUCUUAACGUCCUGCUCACUGUGUGGUAUAGAAAAGCCAAGUGUGGCUCUUCGACCAGCCUAUCUGCCAGGAGAGGCUGGCAGCUAGGCUUACCAUAUCAGUAAAACAAGUGAUUGCCUUACUGUUACUUAUGUUAGUAGUGGAGUACCACAAGGUUCAGUGCUCGGACAAUUAUUUUUACUAUGGCACAGGAUAAUUUUCUUCUGUAAUGAGGUUGAUAUUCGGCUAAAUUUAUCCCAGGACAAUCUUGUGAAGGAGAUUUUGUUUCAAUUAAGGUUAAAUAAAAAUAAAAUAAAUCCCUCAGCUUUUAGUCACUAAAACAUACACCAGAUGUUGGCAUCUGGGGCAGUAAAAGGCUUUUCAACUCACCAGAUGUUUCACUGGCAUCCAGAGUGAGAAUCCAACAUGCCUGAACCAUAAUAUCCUAUCAAAUAGAAAGUAGAAGAAUCCUUUCCAAUUUUGAUAUUGGAAAUAGUAAAACUGUAUUGUGCAGCUCAGUUGUUGUGCCAUCCGUGAUUUUGUUCAGUCAUUCCUUUGUGUGAUUGUUUUUAAUUUUAUUUUUUUGUCACUUGAAUAAAUUACAAGUUUAUUUUUCAUAGCAAGAUUAUGUUGCUGCAGUAAAAUGAUUUUACUCAUAUUUCUCACACCUCUUUACCAGGCAAGCCAUCCAAUUGACCUACAGCCUUUAAAUCGGUUCAAACUGCAUAAAAUGGAGUGAAAAAUUGUUCAAAACUUGUUUCCUCACAGCGAUUAAAGUAGCACACAGUACUCCCUGCAUCCUUCAGAAUCAAAAGUGAGGUGGAAUGACGAGAAAGAAAGAUUGCCUGAGGUGCAAAGGAGGGAAAAGAUGACGUGCCUUGUGUGAAAACAACCCGCAGACAGAGAUGCACAGCAGACGAGUCGCACAAUACUGGAGUUUCUAUCAGAACGGAGACGUUUACAGAGUUCAUACAGUUUAAAAUCAGCCGGCGCUUGGCAGUGAACUCUGUAGACGCGACUGACUGCUGAGCCAGUGGGUUUUAAAUGAAAAGUCAUCCAGCUACAGCAGAACUGAGUCCAGUUCUCAAACUAACUGAAUGUACAUAAAGAAGAGCCAAGAAAGGAUAUAAAACUCACCCAUGUUGUGAAUUAAAAAGUUAAUAUAAUUAACAAAUUCUGACAAAAUUUGUGAUUUUUUUUUUUUUUAGAAAAAUAUAUAUUGCCCCUAAAAUGUGAUUGUGUUGCGGUUUUGAGCCUGUUGUGGAAAAUAUUUAGUGCAUUUUAUCUAGGGGAGAGUAGACUUAUCUCAUUACUAGUUACAGUUAUCUACAGAGCAGGUAUUGUUCAAAUUGCACUUUUCCAUAACUUUCUCCAGAAAUCUUUUUUUUUUUCCUCAACUUUGUGGUGGAGACAGGCUUGUUUUACAGGUGAGGACAAUCCUCUUAUGUUUACACCAGGACACCCAUAGUGUUUAGUCAGCAAAGUGGAAGAAGUGGACAAUAAAAUGCUCGUCAUAAACUCACAUUCAUUAAACUUUCACAUCUCUGUGUAUGUUUUACUAUUUAUGUGUGAAGCAUUUCACUCUUAUUUUUGUUGUUUUCUGUGCAUAAAUGUUGCUGGCAGAGAUCAAAUUUAACUUCGUCAGAAGUCAGAUUUCUGAUCUGACUUCAUUUGUAAUAAUCCACCCCAAAGCGAACACCUGAGCGCAGCCUUGAAUUUGGUCACUCAUCUGUUGAAAUGUCAUAUUUUUCUGAGACUUGUGAGGAAUCAUUUUAAUACUAUUUCCUUUAAAAAAAAAAAACAAAAAAAAAAAGUUUAUGUUGUACAAGUUAACUAAUUAAAACAAAAAAGAAACGUUUGAAGGAAAUCCCUGCUAUGGCCUAGUUGCAGUAGUGUGCACAUCAUUGCUAAAGCCUCCUUUAGAUCAGUUUCUGCAUUUAGUUUUCUUUGGAGUUUGUCGAAAACCCACUCUUGUCUUCAGGUGACGGGUGCGGUUCUGUUUUCUGGACAGAGGUUUAGUAUGUUUCCAAACUUUGUCCUCAUCUUUCUAGCAGUCACCUAAAGGUUUUACAUCUGCACUUGCUUUUUGAAAUUUUCACAACUUCUCCCACCUUAACACAAACUUUUGUUGCAUUUGAAGAUGAGCUGCUUCUCACCAUGAUGCUCCCACCACCAUGUUGGGGUGUAAAUACGAUGUUCUCUCGCUCACGUGCCGCAUUUCUUCAAGAAUUAGGCUCCACUGGAUAAUAACACGUUGCCCCACAAGGUUUUAGGAGAUACUAGGUAGGUCUGGGUGCAUUUUUUUUUAGGACAAAGUACUUCUGUCUUGCAGAGAAAUAUAACAUGUAGAACACAACCAGUUGGUACUUCCUGCAACUCUUUUACCAUCACUUCAGCCUCUCUAGAUUUUUUUCAACCUCCCUAUUGUACUUUAUUUUUCUUGGUAAUCGGAACUGUCUCCCCCCACUGUUUCUCAUAUAAUGCCAUAGAACUAAUUGUAUGUGCUUCUCCUGACUGAUACACUUAUACUCUGAGAUUAUUUGUAAUGUCUGUGCAAGAGAAGCAAAUGUCAGUAAAAAUCUGCUGAUAGAGCUGAAUUUUAUUUCAGGUCCUUCAGAUAGAAUGGAUGUCAGAUGUGACCUGAAAAAGACUAAAUGUUGGAACUGGAACUGAAAUGUUGCAAACAGAUUUGCAAAAGGGUUACUGCUGAUUUGUACUCUCAUUUCUGCCCCUGAUUGUUUCCAGGUGAAUAGUGUAAAGUCAAGAUAUGUGGAAAACAUUUUUAAAAUGAUUUCUCAGUCUCAAUUUGUUGACAUAGAAAUACCUGGCUUUUUACAUAGUAGUUCUGAGAGAUUCUCUAUGCUCCAGUCUCUGGUUUCCAGCUUCAGAACUGACCCUUGUUAUGACCCCACCCUUUUUUGUUCAUUUUUAUGAUGAAAACAGCAGGGGGAAGCCCUCUGUGUUCCCACAGUGUAGGACCAUCAGUUAAUGAUUCCAGUUCCCAGACCCCAGUUGCUGCUGGUCGUCAACAUGUAUCUAUGGGACCCCCAGCCCUAACCAGAAAUGAUCCUUCCAUGCAAAUAUGAAGUAACAUCUCAAGAUCUUGACACUUAGUAAUUUAUUGUUUUUUUCUUUUUCCUAUAUUUCAAGCUGUUCUAUCAGGUAUCUGUUGCCAACUUGUCAUGUGGAUAUCACUGAAGAGUUGUAGUGGGUUGAACAGACCCCUUAAGUGUUCAUAAGUAGACAUUUCCUCCCUUGUGUCAUUGUCUUUCAGAAGGAUUUUUUCAGCCCUCCUACUUGCCUUUGUGUGUCAGUGAGUUUGCCUCUGUCUGUAUUUCUACAUGAGUUACAUAACAGUUCUCAUUGGCUUGUAUUUUGUAUGGAAGAGACCAUAUAGAAGUGUGUGUUGAAAACCUGAAGACAGUGUUUUGUUGUUUUUGUUGUUUUUUUUAAUAAUUUGCUCUCACCCUUUAGUGUUUUUUCCAUGUCAAAGAUGAGCCUGCUGAGGCUCACUCUAUGCAUUCUGAUUUUACCUGUUUUUGUAAGAGAAAAUGUCAAUAAAAUGAAAGAAGUGUA